AAAAAAUUAUGAAACCUAGAAGCAUAUUUAACACUCCCACAACACAAGUUACAUGGGAGUUGGUACUCAUUCGCGCAGUAACCCCAAAUUAGUUGCAGACUUACUGUAGCGUCUCCUUCACACUUCCUUCAAUUUUGGCGCUAAAUUCCCUCUCACACAUAAAUUGGGGCUUUCUUCAACAUCCCCCGCCACUUCCAACAGUUAAAUCCUCCAAUUCAAUCUAUGGCUACCAAUGGUGACGACAACAAUCUCCAAGUAACCCCUAUAUCUUCUAAACCUAGCCCUAGCCCUAACCCUAGCCCCAUCUCCGGUGCUGAUUCAUCAUCCAAAUCUCCCAGCCCUCAAGAUUUCAUCCUAUCCGUUGCUUCUAAAAUCGCAUCUCAACCAUUACAGUACUCUGAUCCCGAUGUUUGGGCCGUACUCACUGCCAUCUCCACUAAAGCCCGCCAACGCCGUCAGGGAAUAAAUAUGCUUUUGACUAGUGAUGAACAUCUCAUCGGCCGAACUGUAGCUGACACGCGGUUUCAGAUUUUGUCGAAUCAAAUUAGUCAACAGCAUUGCAAAAUAUAUAGGAAGAAGAUUGCUACAGAAGAUGCGGAGGGUCAAUCCAGACUUUAUAAUUGCGGCUUUUUGAAAGACACCAGCACGAAUGGAACGUAUCUCAAUUGGGAAAAGUUGAAUAAAAAUAGUCCUGAGUCGAAACUACAUCAUGGGGACAUCAUAUCGUUUGCAGCACCUCCUCAACAUGAAGUUUCUUAUGCGUUUGUGUUUCGAGAAGUUCUUAAACCUACUUUAGGGGCAGAUAGCCUCCCUCUAAAAAGAAAAGCCGAUGAGUUUGGCUCCGAAACCAAGAGGCUAAAAGGAAUUGGUAUUGGUGCUUCUGACGGUCCUAUUUCCCUUGAUGACUUCCGGAAACUUCAACGAUCAAACACGGAAUUAAGGAAGCAAUUGGAAGAUCAAGUUGCAACCAUUAACCAAUUACAGAAUGAACACCGUGCAGCCACUGAGCUUCAUGAAGUUGAAAAGAAAAACCUAGAGGAGUCCAUUUCAAAAACUUAUGUAGAUGAACUCAAGGAGAUACGUGAUCUGUUUGAAGCAAAGCAGAAAGAAUUAGUUGAAGUUAAUAAAAUAAAUUCUGAACAAAAACAUGCUAUGGUGGACCUUAAUGAAAGACUUAAUGCAUCCAUUCAGUCCUGUACCGAAGCAAACGAAAUAGUGCGUAGCCAGAACGCAUCCAUAGCUGAACUCAAGGCUCUUCUAGAUGAAGAGAGAGAACAGAGAAAAGAGGACAGAGAAAAGGCUGUAGAAAACUUGACAGCCUCAAUACAGAGGGUUAAAGCAGAAGCUCAGGAGGAACUAAAACGGGUUUCAGAUGCUUCUCUUAGACGAGAAAAUGAACAGCAAGAAAUUAUUAAUAAGCUUCAGGAAUCGGAGAAAGAGAGGUGCUCAUUGGUGGAGACUUUGAGAACCAAACUGGAAGACACUAGGCAGAAACUGGUUGGCUCUGAUAAUAAGGUCCGGCAGCUUGAAUCUCAGCUUUCUCAAGAGCAACGGGUUUCUUCCACUACUAAUAAAAGGGUGCAAGAACUUGAGCAAGAAACUAGCAGACUGAGAAAAGAACUGGAGAGUGAAAAGCAGGCAGCUAGGGAAGAAGCAUGGGCCAAGGUUUCGGCCCUUGAACUUGAGAUCAAUGCUGCAAUGCGCGACCUUGAAUAUGAAAAACGCAGGCUAAAAGCUGCCCGCGAAAGAAUAAUGCUCCGGGAAACUCAGCUGCGAGCAUUCUAUUCAACUACAGAGGAGAUCUCCAGUUUAUUUGCAAAGCAGCAGGAACAAUUAAAGGCGAUGCAGAGAACACUAGAAGACGAAGAGAAUUACGAAAACAUAUCAGUCGAUAUUAAUCCUAAUACUGAUAACACAAACCAGAUAGAUUCUCACCACCAAAAUAAAGAAGCAAUCGGGUCUCAAUGCAGCGGCGGCAUGAAGGUGGCAGAUUCAACCACUUCCACCAAGAAGAGACGCGGAAAUCAAGCUGAGACAUCAAGUGAUGAAGCUAGUGUAACCGAGAAGCAUGAAUGCGAUGCCCGAAACCAAGAAACUUGUGAAGAAACACAAGAAGCAGAGUUCCCCAGCUUUGAUCCUAGUGGUAAGGGUGCUUUUGGAUCUGAUAUCGACGGCGGUAAUGCGGCUGCAAUCGAAACCGAACAAGUUAUGGAAACCGAAACCCAAAAUAUCGACUUGAAUAAGUUAGCCGGUGAUACAAUGGUAAUCGACGAUGAAGAAGAAAGGGUUAAUAAUACCAAUGGCGGUGAGAAUCUUAACCAAUCUAAGGACCCGAUUGAAGAAGAUACAGAAGCAGGAGACACUAUUAGAACAACCGACCUUUUGGCUUCUGAAGUUGCUGGGAGUUGGGCUUGUGAUACCGCUCCAUCAUGUCACGGAGAGAAUGAUUCUCCGGGAAGUGGGGGUGGCACUCGUGCCGGCGGCGGCAGUGGCGGUGGCGGUGUGGUAUUGCAUGAUUCCGCUAGUGUGGCGGCCGAGAGCCAGACUGGUGUUGUAAGGAAUCCUGAGCAUGAAAAGCUUACUAAGAUGAUAGAGAUUGUUGAACCGGAAAUGAAGGGCCAGUUUGGUGGUACUAUAGAGAGUGAUAGUGAGAAAGAUGUUGCGUCUAACUCAGACACAGAGGAUUGCACCGGGGAUGAUGGUGGCGAAUCUGAUGAGGAGAUUGAGGGUCAUCGUAAUCUGUCAAAAAAUGAUCGUAAAGUGGAUGAAACAAUGGAUGAAGAUGAUGAUGACGAUGAAGCAACCCAGCAAGAUUCUGGGUAAAUUUGUAUCAAAUGGUUUCGCCUGAGAUCUGAUGCAUCUUUCAACUGAAGAGUAGGGAGGGAAGUUCAGGGGGCUUAUGCUACCUUUUUAGAAGCUUUGUUAUGUACCCUUUUAAUUUUGAGUUUGUGUUUAUUCUUUGUAGCUUGUGAGUUGUAAAUAUGAAAGCCAAGGGAAAUCCAUUUUUUAUGAAUUAUACAUUCGUUGCAAACGAAAAUAAACUGAUGCAUGAUUAUGAAUUCUGUCA